AUGGGAAAUAUUUUGGGAUCUAGAAAAAAGUUACCAAAAGAAGAUUUAGAAUUCCUAAGGACGAAUACAAAUUUCACAAAGAAACAAAUUAAACAAUGGUAUCGAGGAUUUAUUAGAGAUUGUCCUUCUGGUCAAUUAAGCAAGAAGAAAUUUAUUGAAGUGUAUUCAGGUUUCUUUCCUGACGGGGAUGCAGAAGAAUUUUGUACACAUGUAUUUCGAACAUUUGAUAAGGAUAAUUCGGGGAAAAUAGACUUUAAAGAAUUUCUUUUGGCUAUUAAUAUUACAUCAGGUGGUAAACCUGAAGAGAAACUUGAAUGGGCCUUUCAAAUGUAUGAUAUCAAUGGGAAUGGAACAAUUGAAAAGCAUGAAAUGGUUGAAAUCAUCAAAGCAAUCUACAGUAUGUUAGGCGCAGAUGAAUCUACUGUAGAUCUUAGUCCAGAGGCGCGUACCGACGAAAUCUUUGAAAAAAUGGACAGUAAUGCUGACGGUGUAUUAACUAGGGAAGAAUUUAUGGAUGGCUGUAUGGCAGAUAAACAACUUUAUUCUAUGCUAUUGGCUGAUGAACCAGCUGAAUAGAUACAACAACAACAAAAAUCUGAUAAUCUGAUCUCCCAGAUCAAGACAUUAUUAUCAUUAUCCAGUUUUGAUUUUGCCCUAGUAAUCCGUUUGCGUUCGCAAGUGUAUGUGUCUUCUUAUUUGGUCAACAGUUCGACAUACAAACGAGUCAGUAUUCAAGGAUUUUAAAUAUACUACACAUAUAUAUAUGCACAUUUUGUAAACAUUACAUCUUUAAAAUCUUCAAAAUAUUACACUGCUAUGAUUAUCGGUAUUAUUAUUAUUAUUAUUAUCACUUAAUUAGGAGGUAUCUCAAUGAUAUUGUAAACAGAAAAUAAACUGGUCAACACAACCAAACAACCAACCAGUCCACCAACUAUACAAACCAUAUACUGCCUACCCUUAAUCACUUCCUUUCCAUUUAUUACGAUGUAAAAGUAAGCAAUGUGAAUAAACGCCUAUAUCGUCGGAAAUAUGUGAAAAUAUUCACAUUUUAAAGGCACAGAGAGAAACAGUGAGUUGGUGAGCAAGUGAGACAUAUGUGAAAUAUCCUACGGAUCUGUUUUAUUAAGCUUUUCUAUCAUCUACUACUAAUGCUACAAAAUGAAAUCAGUAGUAUACUGAUACGUCAGCUGCCAACAUCCUCUAUUUAUGCAUACUUUUUCUUUCAGUCAUAAUUUUGCACAUAAACUAUUAUGGAUUAGUUGUAAUAUUAUGCGUAAAGUGUACUACUCAUUUGGAUUAUUAAGUAAUAUAUGAUGACUAUUAUUAAUAUUAUUACUAUUAUCGUUUCACUCUAUUGCAUUUUAAUUACUAUUACUAUUAUUGUUAUUAUUUACACCCUUCUUUUUCAAUUUCUUCAAACACUAUCUGUGCUACUUACUAAUCACUAAUCUUAUGUAAUCCUGAAAUCUUUCUAAGACGCUAUUACGUAACUGCAUCCUUUGGAAAUGUUGACAAGCAUUCUUCUUCGUCCACUUGUCUUGCUCAUUAUUGUUACUAUUAUUAUUGUUACUAUUACCAUUAUUGAUACACUCGCUGUGUCUACUUAAGUGGGAUAAAUACUACUUAAACGAAAAUCAAACGUUCAAUGUAAUUAUCACAAUUUAGGGAGGUUAUUCAAGCGUUUGCAGUCAUUCUUUUUUUUAGGCCACAAAUACUACUAUCAACUAAGAGAAAUAAGUAAUUUGUAAUCUGAGUUCGUAUUUUUUUCUUUUUCUUUCUGAUGCAGUAAUAUUCCUUAAAAUAAAUCAAGUCAUGUUUCAUUUACUGAAUUUCUUCAUGUUGAAAUCAAACCAUUUGCUACACCAACAACAACAACAGCAACAAAAUCAAAGAAUUAUAGCGCACUUUUAUUCGAACACUAUUCAAAGUUGACUCAUUCAGUCAGUCAUCCUGUUUAUUUUACUUUAUUUUUUUGCUUUCCACUAUCGCCUUUAUCCCCACUCCCACGAAAAUGGUUGAGUGCUUCUCUAUUCUCCACUUAAAGGCGGCGAGGGGAGAAUUGUGCGUGUUUUUCUGUCUAGCCGGCGCGUGUAACAACAAAGCUUAUUAUUCAGAAUCUAAAUCUUUUUCCCUGAAGAGCUGAAUACUGACAGUUAAGCGCGGGGGUAGUAAAAACCUACUAUUACUUGCAUUAUAUUCUACUUUUAUUGAGGCCAGUGUAUGGUAUUCAGAGGAAACGAUGGCUUCUUUCACUUCUGUUUUAAGUCAUCCGCUGCUUACUUACUCACUAACUUACUUACUAACUUCAUUACCUUUACAGAUAUUGGUGUAUAAAAAAGUGCUAAGCUCUCUUUGUCUAUCGACUUCUCCGUCUCUAAACUUCACUUCUACUGUCAGCAGUUUAAAGCAGAUGUCUGCUUUAAUAAUCUCGCCGGAUGAGUGUACUUUCAUUUUGUUUGCCUAAAUUAUGCUUUCAUUAUUAAGCUAUGUAUUUUGGUUCUUUUUGGGUUUUUUGGUUUUCACUGGUUAAAAUGACUUUGUUACUUUUCUAGUGAGACUGGCUACUUUUCCACUUGACUAACCUUCUUCUUGUCCUUCUCCGCUUGCUUUCUGUUUGAUCGAAUAUACGUGUAUGUGUUUGUUUGUGUCAUUUGGAAGUGUCUCAUCUCUUCGUUUAAUACAUAACUGUUAUGUUUUGACUGUAUUCCCAAAAGGUUUGAAUGUAUUUUAUGUAUUCAUCACUUGAUGUAUUAUGUAUGCCGCCAAUUAGAAGAUGAUGAACACAUUUCAUUAUGCUUAUUAUUGUUCUUAAUUAUUCUUAAUACUGUACACCGUAUACAUAUAUUUAUAUUUCUCUUUUCUUUCCCUUCUUUAUUUUUUUUCUCCUUCUUCAGUCCAGUUAAUAUGAUGUGUAGAGAAAAUUUUGACUAUAUGUUGAAAAAAAGAUGGAAAAAUUUGUUUUUAAGAUAAAA